AAAAGUCUCGUUCGACCCAACCUACUGAUUUGGCUAUCGGACGGACAGUCGUGGUGAACAUACUGUUGAGAGCACCUUGACAGACAGCUUACAUAGAUUAAAGCAUCCGACAGACACAUUUCCGGUCCGUUGGUUAGCAUUUAAUUAUUGAUCAAUUUUUGAUUCCGAGUCAGAGGGGCUGCAGUUGCAGUUGCGCUGUCUGAAUAUCACCUAGAUCUUAUCAAUUGACAGACAGAAACUUAAACAAACUGAAAAAAUGAAGUUUGGGAAGACUUUUGUCUCCCACCAGAUUCCAGAAUGGUCCAUCUACUACAUGAACUACAAGCACUUGAAGAAAAUCGUCAAGGACAUCGACAGUGUGGUGGAACAGCUUGAAACUCCUGCUGCAGACACUGCUGACACGGCAGAAAUCAUUGGGCAGGUGUUGUCCCAGUUCUUCUUUGAACUAGACAGAGACAUCGAAAGAGUGUCCGACUUCUACGACACCAAGUUCAAUGAAUACCAGAGACGGUUGGUGAAAAUUGUCCAAGUGUUGGGUUACCAAGAUGGUUCGGUUCUGGGCCAAUUGGAGUCAAAUGAUGAGUUGGAAGAAAUCUACUCUAUCUUGCUUGAAUUGAGGCUGAUUUUCCGCAGCUUGAAAUGGUACGGAGAACUCAAUCAUCGUGGAUUUGUCAAGAUCUUGAAGAAACUCGAUAAAAAGUUGACUACUUUGUUAGAAGAUACGAAGACCGACAAUUUGAGCACUGACAAACGUGCCUUUGAUAUUUCCAACCAUAACAGAGAAACAUACUUGUCUACAAGAGUCAAUGCAUUGCCAUUCGCCAACGAGUUAGAGUUGCAUCUGUGUUUAGACACCAUUUCCAGCAUUCUCCAGUUGUUAGGAGAAGCUCAAGAUAGAGUUGAAGUCGUUGAUGAAGAGAAACAGCUCAAGGAGCCCAACGAAACUCUUUCGAAGGACUUUGAUUUCCUCAAAAUACUGUUGAACCAGAAACUCGCUUCGAGUACCCUUACGCUCAAGUUCUUGAUUUCGUUGUUGAACAAAGCAGCAGGAGCCAAUUCUACUGCUUGUAUCGACGAGAUCUUCAACUAUCUUGAUAAUUACGUGGAAAAACACCCAGAGUCACCCAACUUACUCUUUGACCAGCUGGAUAUCUCAGGUAGAAACUUCUUUCACCAACACAUUAUUCUGUUGGGUAAGAAGCAGGCUCUGAAAGAACAGAAGCUCACGCCUGGUGAAUCCUCGGACAUUUCUAGAUUCGUACUGUUGGGAAAUGAAGACAACGACAAUGACGCUGAAGAUGUCUCGGGCUUGUGCUACAUUCUCAAGCGUUUAGACGCUACUAACGCUACCCCCAUCAAGCCUCUUUUGAUCUCAAAGGAUAACUACAACCGUACUCCGCUCCAUUACUCAGCACAGUACGGGCUCAAGACGGCUACAAAUGUGCUUUUGGGGUAUUUAGCCAACUGGGGCUUGAUCGAUAUUACCGUAUCUAUAGAUGAUGUCAGCUUUUGGGGAGAUCAGGAAGGAUUGACUCCUCUUCAUUUGUCUAUCAUGGGCAAGCAUCCCAAGACUACUGAGAACUUGAUCAUUUACAACUCUGCUAACAGAUUGGCCUGCCCGGAUUUGAUUCUUCUCGCUGUGCGUUUAAACUCGUCACAGAUCUUGUCUCUGUUGAUCAGCCAGGGAAAAAUCGAUAUCAACUAUACAGAUGUAGAACACCACAACGAGACUGCACUUUAUAUGGCUGCCAAGUUAAAUCUUGUUAGUUUGGUCAAAUACUUGCUUGAAAAUGGUGCCGAUACUGAGUUGGGAGAGUCUGUAUAUGGCUGGACACCGAUCUUCAUUGCUGCUUGUGACGGCUUUACAGAAGUUGUUCAAGCGCUUCUAGACCACAAUUGCCAGUACGACAUCGUCGAUGACUCAGGUUGGCUUCCAAUGGAACACGCUUGUCUCAGAGGGCAUUUGCCAGUUGCUGAUAUGCUCAAACCGGCCGAGGACAAGUUGUUGUUGUACGAUAUGUACCAUCCGGAAAAUAACAUGGCCAGAACAGCAUCAUUGGCAGCUUCUCCGGUGAUUAAAAGUGCCAGUGCUAGUUCAGAUAUCGUCUCCACUCUGUCCAUAGACAGAUUACCCGAGACUUCUGGUUCUAAGAUCGUCAUGACUGAAGUGUAUAAGCUGUUGAGAAACAAGUCGAAUUCGUCUAUUGGUGGAGGAACGGGCCGUUCUAAGUCACCUUCCAAACGGUUCAAGAAAGUCAAGGCAAUCAAGUCAUUCGGGCACAAAUUCUUGGAUUCCGACGAGCUGGUUAUCCUCAUUACUCUUGGUACCACAGACUUGAGAGACAAUUCUCCACCUGUAGAACUCAGCCAAAUUCCACUUGCAAAGAGCUUCUCCACUGAGUUGGACACGGCCUUAUCAUUGCAGAUCACCUGCAAAAAUAGAUUGACCAACAAACCUGUUGAACCACCUGUCAUUGUAGACCUUCCUUUAGAAGACCAUCAUGGGUCUGCUACGGAUCCAAUCCUGUUCACAUUGACUGGAGGUUUGACUCCUGAUACUGUGCUUGUUCUGUUUGAUUUGAUUCCAACGUACCAGGUCACUGAUUCGCGCAAGGGCACAACCUUAGGUAGAGGUGUAGCCUUAUUGAAGGACGCUUACACCAAGGUAGGACCCAAUUUGCGUUCUCUCAAUAACAGUAUCAACGUCCCUAUUCUUGAGCUGAGCACUCUUGAUGUGUUGGGACACGUAAGAUUCGAAUAUCUCUGUGUCAAAUCGUUUUCCCACAAGCAUAUGUCGAUUGGUCGUUCCGAUACGUACUGGAAGCAGCUUGUUUCCACUAGAGUCAUUGGCCACAGAGGUUUGGGUAAAAAUGAGUCUGGAAGAAAGUCGUUGCAGUUGGGUGAAAACACUGUGGAGUCGUUUGUUGCUGCUGCUUCUUUAGGUGCAGCUUAUGUCGAGUUUGAUGUGCAAUUGACCAAGGACUACGUGCCUGUUGUCUACCACGACUUCUUGGUAGCUGAAUCUGGUGUAGACAUUCCCAUGCAUUCUCUUACAGCAGAACAAUUCUUGGGACUUAGUGAAUACCAUCAGCAUGAUGAACAGAAGAGUGUGAAGAAGGACUUCUCAAUGGACGACGCAGCUAUCUCAAAAUCAGCUAGACCCAGAGCCAAGUCUUCCCACCAAUUCGAAAGAGCUAAGGAUGACAUCAAAGACAACGAUGGCAGCGACCAUCUCCACCGUAGAAUGAAGUUGACUAAGACUUGGAAAGACAAGGGAUUCAAAGGUAAUGCCCGAGGUUUGUCAGUUGCAUCUAAUUUCGUUACUUUGAAGGAGCUAUUCAAGAAGGUUCCUAAGAGCGCUGGAUUCAAUAUAGAGUUGAAGUACCCAAUGUUGGACGAAGCUGAACAGGAGCUGAUGGGCGAAAUCGCGUUGGAUAUGAACCACUACUGUGACUCGAUCUUGAAGGUGAUUUACGACGAGAAUUUGAACGGCAGAGAUAUCUUGUUUUCGUCGUUCCACCCGGACAUCUGUGUUUUCAUGUCGUUGAAGCAACCCACUAUUCCAAUUUUGUUCUUGACAGAAGCUGGAACAGCUCCAAUGGCUGACAUCAGAGCUUCUUCUCUCCAAAAUGCCAUUAGAUUCUCUAAGAAGUGGAACCUUUUGGGUAUCGUUUCCGCUGCUGGAGCGUUGGUCAAAACCCCCAGAUUGACCCAAGUGGUCAAGUCAAGUGGUUUGGUGUGUGUAACCUACGGAACACAGAACAACGAUCCAAAGUUGGCCAAGAUACAAAUGAAGGCAGGUGUCGACGCCGUGAUCGUUGAUAGCGUGUUGGCUGUAAGAGAAGGGUUGCGUCAGGACGUAAAAGACUUGGACGACUCUGGAUCGAGCCUGAACUAGGAAAGUGACGAUAGAUAGAUAUUAGAAUAAAAUUAAUAAAAGAAUCAAUGAAUUGC